AUGGCACCGACGACCGCGAUCGGCGAGGACGUGUACUCGUCGCGCGAGAUCUUGUACGACGCGCAACACGCCGCCGAGGACGACGCUAUCGAGAGCGACGCAGUCGCCCGCAAGCGCACGUACGACCGCCAGCGGCUGCGCGACCACCGCCGGCGCGAGCGGCUCCAGGCACAGUACCUCCGCGACCAAGUCGCGGCGCUCUCGGCCGAGCUCGAGGCCCGGUCGUCGUCGCCGCUGCCGUGGCGUGACGUGGCCAUCGCUCUGGUCGACAGCGCACGCACCGCCAAGCUGACCAAUAGCGCGCUCAAGGCCCAGCUCCACUACACGCGGCAGCUGGCGUACGUCCUCACGACGUGCUUGAGUCGCGUGCCAUCGUCGCCGCUUGACCACGUUCUGCCGCACCUCGCGUCGUUCCAGUGCCAGAUACUCCCAGCGACGCAUCGCGGCGAGGCCCUCACGUGGCUCACGACGCGGCUGUACCACCACGCAACGCACGCACUGAGCUGCUGCCGGCCGAUCGAGUUUGACGUUCGUUUCGCCGAGACGGAGAGCGUCUCGUACAUGAUCCUGCAGCAGCAGAUUGAGAUGCCCGCGCCUCUCGAGGCGAUCGUCGAGAGCAACCGGCGCAUCUACCUCCAGAACGCGUGUCCUGGCAAUACGGCCGCCUACCUCGACCACGACCUCGUGACCGGUGCGCUGGGCGAAGAUGCAGCGUACUUUGACCUUGGCGCUGGCGACCACGCGCUCUACCGCCUCUUUGAGACGCCGCACCGCGCCGUGCUCGUGUGCUCGUCCAUCACGGACGAAACGCGCGUCAACAACCCACACGCUGCGCUCUCGAACGGCUGGAUUAUCAUGGACCGACUGGACGCGACGACGACGCGCAUCUCGGAGCUCUUUCUGUUAACGAUGCGGCAGGAUGAGGAUGUGGAGGCGGCGGCCAACGAGCAGGCGGUCGCGCGCGUCGGGGCCUUGAACAACCACAGCUUUUGCGCACAGCUUCUCGCAACGACGCUCCGAGGCGUCCUGCCGCGUGGCGAGAGCGCUCCUGUCGAGGGAUAG